AUCUCAGUUUUGGCAGGCUUACACAUGUAGGACAGGUAGGACAUUCACAUUUCAUCUAAGGAUUGAGAGAAGAGAUGAAGUGGAACUGAAGUGGCUGCUUUAGUCAUUGGCGGUGACUAUCACUCAUCACAAAAACCGAGCUGCAGCCACAUCCUCAUCCACAGAAGAGACCAGAGACCCCAGAGCCGACACAUAAUAUCACACCAUGCCAAACUACAAACUCACUUAUUUUAAUAUGAGAGGGAGAGCAGAAAUUAUCCGCUACAUAUUUGCUUAUUUGGACAUAAAGUAUGAAGACCGCAGAAUAGAACUAACUGACUGGCCUGAAAUCAAAUCAUGUAUCCCAUUUCACAAAAUUCCCAUUUUGGAAGUUGAUGGAGUUGUCCUUCACCAGAGCUUGGCAAUAGCAAGAUACCUGGCCAAGAACACAGAUUUGGCCGGAAAAACAGAAAUGGAACAAUGUCAAGUUGAUGCAAUUGUGGACACACUGGAUGAUUUCAUGUCACUUUUUCCUUGGGCAGAGAAGAAUCAAGAUAGAAAAACUCAGGUGUUUCAAGAGCUGCUCACGGGUGAAGCACCUCACCUUCUGCAAGAUCUGGACACGUAUUUAGGAGAAAAAGAGUGGUUCAUUGGUAACUCCGUAACUUGGGCAGAUUUCUACUGGGAUAUAUGCAGUACCACUCUUUUACUCUUGAAACCUGACUUACUGGACAUUCAUCCGAGGCUGGAAACCUUACGAAAGAGAGUGCAAGCCCUGCCUUCCAUCGCUAACUGGAUCCAGCAGAGGCCCCAGACCAGGUUCUAGCUGGGAUGUGCUGCCUCCACAGCAUCUCUUAGGCCAGAUUCACCUGAACUAUCAAUUCAGCAAACAAUCCACACUCCCGACCUCCAACAAGCCUCUGGCUUCUGCUAUGCUGUUUCCUGCUUUUAAAACAUGCAUUAAGUUUCUAGUAUUUCUAUAUAUGCUUAAUAAAAUUUCUUCAGAAUA